UUGAACUGUUCCAGGACGGACAGCCGAUCGCCGAGCAGCCGAUCAGGCUCGACCUGCCCGGACUGUUCUAGAAGUUUCCAGCGGCCCCGUGGCCCCGAUGAGCAGGUCCGCCAGCAGCGGGAGUCGGUCCUCCGCCUGUCCCCGGACUAGCAGGUCCUGAGCGGAGCUAGCCACUGGGCUAAGCUAAGCUAAGCUAAGCUAACGGCUAACGGCGCGAUGUUCGGCUGCCUGGUCGCGGGCCGCCUGGUGCAGACCGACGCGCUGCAGGUCGCUGCGGACAAGUUCGUGUUCAACCUGCCGGACUACGAGCAGGUGAACCACGUGGUGGUGUUCAUGCUCGGCACGGUGCCGUUCCCCGCCGGGAUGGGCGGCGCCGUGUACUUCUCCCUGCCGGGCCCGGCGGCCGGCGGCGGGCCGGUGUGGCAGCUGCUCGGCUUCAUCACCAACGACAAGCCGAGCGCCAUCUUCCGGAUCUCGGGGCUGAAGGCCGGCCGGGGCGGGGCGCACCCCUUCGGGGCCGUGGCCUCCUCGGCGUCGCCCUCCGUGGCGCAGGUCGGGGUGUCGGUGGAGGCUCUGGACCAGCUGGCCCAGCAGACCCCGGUGUCCGGGGCCGCCGUGGCCACCGUGGACUCGUUCCUGCAGUUCUCGCAGAAGAUGCUGGACAGCCUCUACAACUUCGCCGCGUCCUUCGCCGUGUCGCAGGCGCAGAUGGCGCCGAACCCGGCGGAGACCUUCAUCCCGUCCAGCUGCGUCCUCAAGUGGUACGAGAACUUCCAGAGGAGGAUGAGCCAGAACCCGAACUUCUGGAAGACCUGAGACCCAAAAGACUAUAGAGACAGAGUCCGCACAGUGCCUACAGGUCCCAAUAAAGCCUGUCACACACGGGUCAUUCUGUGUCUUUAUUAUCCGGUUCAACGGGACAAAACGCCUCAGACCAGCCAGCAAACCUUUGUUUACAAAUACAAAGGUUUGUUUACAAAUAUAAUAGUUUGUUUACAAAUGCAAAAGUUUUUUUUCAAAUCCAAUAGUUUGUUUAUAAAUCUAAAGGUUUCUUUACAAAUCUAAAGGUUUCUUUACAAAUACAAACCUUUGUUUACAAAUCUAAUAGUUUGUUUACAAAUACAAAGGUUUGUUUACAAAUCUAAAAGUUUGUUUACAAAUACAAAGGUUUCUUUACAAAUCUAAAGGUUUCUUUACAAAUCUUAGUUUGUUUACAAAUACAAAGGUUUGUUUACAAAUCUAAAAGUUUGUUUACACAUCUUAAAGUUUGUUUACAAAUACAGAGGUUUGUUUACAAAUCUAAUAGUUUGUUUAUAAGUACACAGAUUUGUUUAGAAAUACAAAGGUUUGUUUACAAAUACUAAAGUUUGUUUACAAAUCUUAAGGUUUGUUUACAACUCUAAAGGUUUGAUUACAAAUACAAGGGUUUGUUUACAAAUACAAAUGUUUGUUUACAAAUACAAAGGUUCGUUUACAACUCUAAAAGUUUGUUUACAAAUCUAAAAGUUUGUUUACAAAUACAAAGGUUUGUUUACAAAUACAAAGGUUUGCUUAGAAAUCUAAUAGUUGGUUUUCAAAUCUAAUAGUUUGUUUACAAAUCUAAUAGUUUGUUUGCAAAUCUAAAGGUUUGUUUACAAAUCUAAAAGUCUGUUUACAAAUACAAAGGUUCGUUUACAAAAGUUUGAUUUUAAACGACACAAUCAGAUUCAACUCAUCAGUAAAUAAAACUUUUUGAUCUGCAAUAAAACAUUUUUUAAUUACAAAUUUAUUUUCGAUAAAACAUUUUUAUUUUUAUUGAGUUGAAAGUUUUUAAUAACAGACAGAGUGGAACAGUUCUGUGUGUCUGAGACGCUUCAAGAAAACAUUUGUAAAUAAGUUAAAAGCCUUUUUGUUACAAAAUGAAUGAAAUAAACAACUUUCACAUGAUUUAACCAUUUCAACUUGUCCAGCGUAAACAUCCUCAUUCUUGUUUAUUUUAUUUGUUUAAUAUCAGUUGUUUGAAAUCAAUGUGGGGAAAAGUUGUUUAAAAUAAAUCAAUAAUAAUUCAGAUUUCAGAAAAAAAAUAUUUACAUGAUAAAACAGGAUUUGAUUUUAUUGAACUUUAAACGGUGGAACAUGUUUCCUCAUUUAUCAGAUAAAAAAACAGUUUAUACUGAAUAAAAAAACAAGGGAAUAAACCAUCAGAUCUGCUUUAAUUAUUGAUUGUAAUAAUAAAAUUAAAGACGUUUGAUCACAAACAAUCUCAUGAAUUAAACUUCAGGUUUUAUAUUAUUUUAUAUAAUAAACAGAUAUUACUUAUACACUGAAAACACCAAAUUUACAACUUUCAGACAAAACAUUGAUUUUUUUUU